AUGGGUGAUUUGAAGGAGAGUCAUCAUAUGGUGCUCCCUCCCAUGCAUGUUCUUGUUGACCUGAUGUCACAGAAUGAUGAUGGUGGCAAUGGGGCAAAAGCUGCUGUGCCAUCUGAUGGAAGAGGACCAAAGCAUGUGAGCCAGCCAGGAGUGUUAAUGUGUGCCAAAGGAGUGACUGUAAUGUGGCAGCGACAGAGUGUUGUACAUGCAGCACAAGAACAUGAGGCCUACUGCAAUGGGUCAGUCCCUGGCCGUGCUCCCAACCUGAACCGCAACAGGGAGAGAGGCCACGCCCUGCUCUAUGUCGAUUACUUUGCCAACACCCCGUUCUUCAAGCUGGAUAAAUUCCGUCGCCGUUUUCGAAUGGCAAGGCAUGUGUUCAAUCGUAUCCGAGAGGGAGUGGUUGCUCAUGACCCAUACUUCGAGUGCAAGACGGAUGCCCUUGGCAAGCUUGGAUUCUCCUCGUACCAGAAAUGCACCGCGGCCAUCCGCAUGCUUGCAUAUGGAAUUCCAGGCGAUCUGGUGGAUGAGUAUGUGCGUAUGAGUGAGACAACAUGUCUGAUGUCAAUGUACAAGUUUUGCCAGGCUGUGAUCGAGGUGUUUGGCCCAGAGUACUUGAGGCAGCCAAGUGUCGCUGAUACAGAGAGAUUGUUGGCGACCAAUGCAGCUAGAGGCUUUCCAGGCAUGCUUGGUAGCAUAGAUUGUAUGCACCGGGAGUGGAAGAACUGUCCAUUUGCUUGGCAGGGCCAGUACAAGGGGCAUGUCAACGGGUGCACUGUCAUAUUAGAAGCGGUGGCAUCGCAGGAUCUUUGGAUAUGGCAUUCUUUCUUCGGCAUGGCAGGUUCUCACAAUGAUAUCAACGUGCUGCAGCGUUCUCCAGUCUUCGCGAGGCUUGCAGAAGGCCACUCCCCACCUGUCAACUUUGAGAUCAACGGCCACCAGUACAACAAGGGAUACUAUCUAGCAGAUGGUAUAUAUCCUCAGUGGUCAACUUUUGUGAAGACAAUCUCGAAACCCCAAGAUGAGAAGAGAAAGAGAUUUGCCCAAAUGCAAGAGAGUGUUAGAAAGGAUGUGGAACGUGCUUUUGGUGUGCUUCAAUCCCGGUGGGGUAUCGUUCGAAACCCUGCACUGUCAUGGGAUGAAAAGGUGAUGACUGCUUGUGUGAUCAUGCACAACAUGAUCGUCGAGGACGAGCGUAAUGAGAGUAUCUUCGAACAAGGAUUUGAUUAUCAAGGUGAAAAUAUUGAGCCCCUGCACCAAGACCCGGCCACAUUUGAACAGUUUGCCCAAUUCCACCGUGAGAUGCGUGAUUGGCACACUCAUUUGAAUCUUCAAAAUGACUUGGUUGAGCACGUGUGGGAUCACAUUGGCAACCAAUAGAUAUAUUGGUCCAUUUUAUGUUCAGUCAAGACAAUUUCGAUUUGGUUGUAAAACUAUUUUAUUAAAGACAAUUUCAAUUGGGUUGUAAAACUAUUUUAAUUUUCAGACAAAUAUUUGGGUUGGAAAACUAGUUUUGAUGAAAAUAUGGGCAU